AAACAUGACAUUAAAUUUUCUCGUCCCGUAUAAAUUAUUACCGCAGUUAGUUCACAUUUAGCCGGCGUUGCGAUUCUUACAUUACCAACGCCGUCGAUAGUCAUUGCAGAGGCUCCAUACUCUGCUACCUUUGACAAGCCGCACUUGUUGAUAUUUUUCCCGCAUUUGUUUUCUUUCAUGUUUUUCUGCAUAUAAAUCAAAUAAAAUAACAAUUUAAUGUAUAAAUAUUAACAAAAUAGUGAUAAUUUCCAGUUUUUCAAUAUGGAUAAUACUCCGAAACUGCAACGAAGGUCUUCGCUAUCGUUGAGUACGCGUUUGAACAACAAGCGACACAGUGCCUCACCACAGACCUUAAAGAGAACAGCUGGUUCGAACAGUGCCUUAGGUAGCCGGGAUUCCAAUGGCAUUAAAAAUGAAGUAACUCGAUCACCAUCGAUUAUUUCUAUUUCUUCGGAUGGAGGCAUUGAAUGCUGUACACCACCUCACAAAAAAAUUGGAAUGUGUGUGGAUGACUGUGGAGAUUAUUCGCCUAAGUUAUUCGACAGCAGUUUUUCCCCAUCAUGCCUUCUAUCUCAGACACUGGCCAUUGACAGCCCAGAAGUGGGUUGGAAAUGGAGUCGCUAUUCUGCGGGCUCCAAAGAAGAAUUAUCCUCACGGACACCGGAUUCUGCUUAUGCUGCAGAUAGUAGCUUUACUUCGGCCGGUUCCAGUAGCACCGAAAUUACAAAUGCACGCACCCGAGAACGUUUGGCCUACGAUGCGUUGAGAGAACAACAAAUUAGAAAGGUGGAAAAAACCCGAGCAGAUCAAAAACUGAAACAACGGUGUGCCAAAUUACAGGAGCAACUAAAAAGCGCUGGAACGCAAAAAUCAUCUUCUAGUUCUACUGGCAGUUCUAAUUCAACUAGCCAGACUGUAACCUCAACAUCAUCAUCGUCAACGCCGGCGACAAUCUCGGCUGAUACUGUAGUCAGCAUAACUCAAUCUACACCAUCGACUGUUAAAAUGGCAUCACCCCCGGAUGCCGUUUGCAGCGUAGGAGAAUCUAUAGAUGAUUUUUUCAAUGAUUCUGAUGAGGAUUGUUUCCUGUUGGCAGCAACACAGGAAGUAGAAUCGAUGAUGAAUAAUAAAAAUGAUGCCACGAAAAAUUGCAACAAGGCUGUUACACCUACAGCAAGUAGUAAGCAACUUUCUUUAACGAAAAUAAAUGAAAAACCAUUCCCAUCAAAGACUGAUGAAAAACCAUCAUCAUCAAGAAUGAAUGAUAAGUCAUCAUCAAAGAUGGAUUAUGAAGAGACAACAGCUAGCAUUGCUGAUACUUCUUUAGAAUUGGCUGACACUUCCUCAACCUCUUGUGCUUCAGCUACGAAGGAAAAACGUUCCUCAUUUUAUAUGAAAUUCCUAGAAGAUGAUUGUCCUGAUGAUUGGUUCGUAUCCCUGGACGAAAUUAUUGAAAAAGCAACACAGACUAAAAAGCCCCGAACAUCAUUCCAACGUUACAAAUCUCUGCCUAUGAAUAACAACAACGACGUUGAGGGUAAAAGUACAAUACCAAAAGUCAUUACUUAUAGUGAUCCAGUCUUAAAUGGCAACACAUCAAAGAAGGAUACAAUUGUGGAAGCUCCAGGCAAAUCGUCAUCAUCAGUAUCAACGACAUCGUCAUCAUCAGUGCGAUCAGUAAUAAAACGGCACUCAAGUAGCCAUGCUCUAAGCCCUUCUAAUACAAACUAUCGUAGACGACAACAUCAGUAGAUGAAGUAAGUAAAAUAAAUCUAAGGCAUCUUACCAAUGCUAUAAUGAAGUAUGAAUAUGAAGUACCCUAUUUUUUCAAGAAUGAGAUAUACGUUUUUUUAUUGAAUUCAAUACAUAUGCCAUGUUAUUCUGUUAUCAAUAGAUUUACCGAUUAUUUUUUUAUUAUAUAUUGUUAGUAGUUUGUAAGUGCAGUAUUUCUUGUACCAUAUUUAUGCAUUCUCCUUUAUUUUCCUUAAUUUUAAAUGUGACUCGCUUAUGUUUUUUUUUUAAUUUAAACACACGUCCCCGAAACCAAAACCAUUUAAGAUAUUGGAAAUGAAAAUACAUAUGAGCUGGAAAAAUCGAUCAUGAAAGUAUUAUUUAUAAAAGAUUCAAAUAAUUUUGGAAUAUACACGAAAAUUUGAUUUUAAUAAUAAUUAAGAGAUGAUGUGAACACAAA